GUGCUCUCUUGACUUUACCUUUUAAAACUGGAAUCGGGAUUUAUCUUAUCUUUCUGUAAACAAAGUUUCAUCAUGUGCUACAUUUGAGCAGACAGUUGAGGGAUGGUUUUACAAAGAAUCUAUCGUUUUGGUCAGCGUUUUGUUGGAUUUAUGGGAGUUUUCACAGGUGUCAGAUUAGUAUCAAGUCAAAGGCCAAAGAAUGAAUUCCUCCGAAGUAAAGAUUUGUCAUCUCCAGGUUCUGUAUCAGCACCUCAUGCUUUCUCAUGGCUGGGAGAUAUAGCACCAUGUUUUGGUGUAAAUGGUAACAAUGUUCAGAUAAUCGAUGAACCAAAACACUUUCAUGAGAUCUUAAAGUCAAAUGCUAGAAAAGCCACCCAAAGGAUUGUAUUUACGUCUCUAUACUUGGGUACAGGUGAACUAGAACAAGAACUAGUAGAUGCAAUAAGAGAAGCAUGCCAUACAGCAAAAACAAAUGGCAACAAUAAUUUAGAAGUACAUAUCUUGCUGGACUACAAUCGUGGGUCUCGUGGAGUUGAGAAAAGUUCUCGGACUAUGUUGACACCACUAUUAAAGGAGUAUAAAGAUAUAAUCUCAGUCCAUCUAUACCAUACCCCUGAUUUAAGAGGGAUAUGUAAGAGAUUGUUGACUGGAAAAAUGAGUGAAGUGAUAGGACUUAAUCAUAUGAAGAUUUAUUUGUUUGAUGAUAGUUUUGUUAUAAGUGGUGCUAAUCUGAGUAAUGAUUACUUCACAAACAGACAAGACAGAUAUAUCCUGUUUAAUGACUGUCCAGAGUUGUCUAACUUCUUUACAGACUUAGUGAAAACAGUUGGUUCAUUUUCAUUCCAAUUAAAGGAGGAUAACUCUGUUGAACUUCAUCUUCAGUGCAAUAUUCAUCCAUUUGAAGGUUCAGACUAUGAAUUCAAAUUAGAAGCCAAGAAAAGAAUUCUGAACCUUUUGAAGAAAAGAAAUGACAAUGAAAGUGUUCAAUUACCUGAGAUAAUAAAUCCAGACAGUUUAGGAAAUUCAAAUUCUUUGGACCAAUCAAAUGUGACCAUAAAUAUUGAUAAUCAUGUGACAGGAAGUGAUUCAAAUUCAGAUCAAAGUGAAAUAGAUACUUGGAUUUACCCAUUGAUUCAAAUGGGACCAUUCGGUAUUGUAGACGAUGAAGUGGCUAUGAAAUCUAUUUUUAGAACUGCUGAAAAAGGAGAGGAGAUAUUUUUAGCAUCUGGUUAUUUCAAUUUAACCGAUCAUUAUCUUCAAGUCAUUUUACAAGAGUCACAAUCAAAGUAUAAUAUACUCAUGGCAUCACCAGAGGUAAAUGGAUUUUUUGGUGCCAAAGGUUUUGUUGGUGCUGUUCCAGCAGCUUACAUUCAUAUAGCUAAGAGAUUUUUCAGACUUACGGGUAAAUACGAACAACAUGACAGGAUCAAAUUACGAGAAUACUUCCGAGAUAAAUGGACAUUUCAUGUGAAAGGAUUAUGGUAUUACCUAAAGAAAGAUACACUACCCUCAAUGUCUAUAGUGGGAUCUGCUAACUUUGGAUAUAGAUCUGUAUAUAGAGACUUGGAAUGUCAGUGUGCAAUAGUAACUAACAAUACACAACUACAACAACAGUUAAAGGAGGAACAUAUCAGACUUUACCAGGGUUCAACUCUUGUUUCCAGGGAGACAUUCUUGCAACAGGAUAGACAUGUUCCAUUAUGGAUUAGAAUAGUGACACCACUAAUCAGGCAUUUCUUUUGACGGCCUUGGACAACUAUAAAAUACUAUUGUUGGUCUGAAUAGUGACACCACUGAUCAAACAUUUUUUUUAGAGUCCUUGGAAUACUGCAAUGUGCUGUUGUGUGAUUUUACAAAAGAGUAUUAUGACAUAUGAUACUUCGUUAUCUCAUUAUUACCAUUGAUAUUACUCCUGUAAUAUACCUUGUAUGUAAUAUGGGAAUAGGUUACUAUUCAUAGUAUAACCAAGGGUAAAUGAAUGGAAGGAUGGAUUCCAAAGUCAAAAUUGGUGUUGAAUUGAAUCAAAGAAUAAGAAUUGAUCAAAAAUAUUUUACAUAUUUAAUCUGUUGAGGAUUUUGAAGCAGUAUUAUGACAUUUUUUACCGUCCCUUAAUAGGAUGGAUGUAGUUAAUAUUUUGGAAAAAAAUGAAUUGAACGUUAAAGCCGAUCAAACAUAUAUUUUGUGAACUGCUGAAGAUUUUAUAGCAGUAGGAUUACUUGUAACCUCCCUGUUAUAAGAAGAAUGUAGUUGCUACUAAGAUAAAAAAUGAAUUAAACAGAAAUGCUGUUUAAACAUAUAUGCUGUGAACUGCUAAGGUUUUUGAAGCAGUAUUAUAACAUUUUUUACCUCCACUUUUGAAGACAGAUGUUGAUGAACUGUGAAAGAAAAAGGAAUUAAACAUAAAAGCUUAUCAAACAUAUAUUCUGUACUGCUAAGGUUUUUGAAGCAGUAUUAUAACAUUGUUACUUCCACUUUAUAAGACUGAUGUAUUUGCUAAUGUGAUCAAAAUUUGAACAUAAUACUAAUUAAACAUAUUUUCUGAACUGCUGCUGAUUUUAAAGCAGUAUUAUGAAAUUUGUUACCUCCCCUUUAUAAGACCGACAUAGUUGCUGUUGUGAUAAAAAAUGUAAUUUAAUGUAACUGCUGAUAAAAUAUAUAUCAGUAUUAAUAUAUUGUUACCUCAACUUUGUCAGACUGAUGUAUUUGCUAUUCUGAUCAAAAUUUGAAUGUAAAUACCGAUCAAACAUAUUUUUUAAUUUAUUGAUGAUUUUAAAGCAGUAUAAUGACAUUUUUUGCAUCCCCCUUAUAAAACUGAUGAAGUUGCCAUUUUGAUUCGUAUGUGAACAUAUUUUUUAAUAGGUUAAUUUUCCAAUAAUUGCCUAGUAACAUAUAAUUGGAUAGUUUACUGAGGGAUGGCAGUGAAAAUAUAUAAAUUUUAGAGAUCAAAUAAGAAUAAGAAACAGUACCUCAAAAGAUAUUAAAGAAUAGAUUGAAAAUAUGAACUUUUUUUAAAUAUAUAAAUGUAGAAUCAUGCAUCAAAUGAUAUACUUCUACAGAAAAACUGUAUACAAAAAAGUGAAAAUCACUAAAGUACUGAAAUCCAAGGAAAAUUCAAAAAGGAAAGUCCCAAAUCAAAAGGCAAAAUCAGGAGUUCAAACACAUGAAACAAAUGGAUAACAAAUGUCAUAUUCCUGACUUGGUACAGGCAAACAAAUGAUAUUUAAGGUGACAAAUGAUUGAGGAAAUAAAACAGAAAAUUCAUUGCUUUUGGGUUACCCCAGAAAGUGUAUUUAUAUCAAAAGGAGUAUGUUCGAUAAGGUCCUAAAAUGGCCCCCUUUUUUAGUGUAAAUUUCAAAUUCAGAUUCAUCGACCAAUAUCACGAUAAAUUACAGCUAAUACAUUGACUAGCUAGGAUAUAAACCAUUUUGUUGAAAAUUUUACGUUUCUGCGUUUCAUUAUGACGUCACAAGUUGUACUCAUAUUGAUUUUUCACGAAAAAAUCAAUGAAAAUGGGUAAAUUUACAUAAAGUAUUGGACAGGAAACAUAGAGCGCAUAC